AAAUAACUAUGUAAUUGUGAUUUGUAGCGUGGUUUCGCAGUCAUAGACAUAGCCACACAGCCACAGUUGCGACCGUAUCGUACGCAAUUGUACUCGCAGUACGUAUAAUAAUUCAUCAAGUACAUAGUAGCCUAGCUCGCCUCGUGCACGUUUCUAUCCUAUUAAAUCGCGUUUAACGCGCGCAAAUUAAUAUUUAAAUUAAUUUUCGUCAUUUUUUUUUUCUUUUUUUUUUUUUUUCGUUGAUAAUUGUUACGAGUUAACGCAAUCCCGGUAUAAGAGUGGUGAUUUUACGAGGUGAUGGUGUUGUGUCGUUGAAGUACGGUCGAGGAAACUGGUGCGUCAUCUUACGAGUAUAGGUGAUUCGAAUAUGAGUGCGAAUAGUGCGAUUGAAAUUCGGCGAAGUUCGGAUUGGUAAAAUGUUUCGUGGCUGGAGAAUUUCAUUAGAUACGCGUAACAAUUCAACGCAACCAGUACGAAUGGAAUUAGAGGAUGAAGUCUUUGAUGGGACAUUCUUUAGCAUGGCCAGCGGAUUACAAUUGGUAUCCAGUUACGGAAAUCUCGAACUUUCCACGACAGCACGUCACCAAUGUCAGUGUAUUCUAUCCGUGGUUCCUAUCGAUGUGGUCAAUGGCGACAGCAUCCACCAGCACGACACCUCCGCCAUCAUCGCUGACCAUCCACUCUGCUGAAAAUACUGACACGACGCCUCGAAGAUUCCAAACAAUGGCAAAACCAGGCCCUACAAACAGAUGGAUCGCCGACUCGGAAGACUCUCCAACACGUCAACGUACCAGACCGCUCGCAUCCUCUUUUCCUUCAACUUUCGAAGAAGUAGUAUCUUGGAAACAGAUCGAUAUCGAGUACCCUACGAAGAAAGCUCGAGACGCAGCCAUCAAGUCGGGCCGGUUCGUAGCCGAGAACAAUUUACCUUUAGGGUUGCACGUGUUCAGGUCGAAGAUUUUCGUCACCUUGCCCAAAUGGAAGGAAGGUGUACCGGUAACGUUGGGUUUCGUGGGUCGAGGUCAAGGUCGUUCGCCGGCCAUAAAACCGUAUCCGGAUUGGUCUUGGCAUGGGCAAUCUUGCGACGGUCUAACUUCGGUGUUUCGAAUAGACGUGGAUGUCUGCAAUCGGCUGUGGGUGCUGGAUUCGGGCGUAGUUGACGCCGAGAACACCGUUCGACAAAUGUGUCCGCCGCAAAUCUUCAUCUUUGAUCUAGAGACCGAUAAGCUGCUGCAUAGGUACACGUUGCCUCGAGAUCAGUCGCCGGAUUCGUCCUUACUUUCGAAUAUAGUGGUGGAAGUGUUACCAAAUACCCAUAACAAUAAUGAUGGCGACGGUGGACGGCAUUACCGCGACACCGACACCGACACCGAUAGCCAUAGCCAUGGUCAUAGCCAUAGCCAUACGCGUAGCCAUACUCGUAGUUAUAGUACAAAUAGUGAUAGCGAUAGUACUAGUAAUUUUAAUCACCUUCCUCCUCGCCCCGCCAAGUCGCAGCACCAGCGUUACAAUGCGAAUCGCGUUAACGGAUACGACUGCGUCGACGCUUACGCGUAUUUAGGCGACGUUUUUCGAUACGGAUUAAUCGUCUACAGUUAUAAAACCAAUCGAUCGUGGAGAGUUACCCAUUCUUAUUUCUAUCCAGAUCCGCUGGCCUCCGAUUACGUACUAGACGGUAUCGAAUUUCAAUGGGUAGACGGUCUCUUUGGUAUGGCUUUAUCGCCUCUCGACUCCAGAGCCCAAAGACUCUUGUACUUCCAUCCCUUAUCCAGCUACCGAGAGUUCGCCGUCCCUACCCACGUGCUACGCAACGAAACCUUAGGUUUCGCCAUGACUAAAUUUUUCCGCAUCGUAGGCAAACCACGAGGAGAAUCUGUAUCGCACAGCACCGGAAGCGGUAUGUCCAACAACGGUAUCCUGUUCUACAAUUUGCUAACCAAAGCAGCGGUCGCUUGCUGGAAUUCGGAUCUGCCUUAUGAUCCGUCUACGCAACACGUACUGUAUCAAGAUAACGUCACUAUGUCUUUUCCUAAUGAUUUGAGAGUCGAUUUGGAGCCGGAGCAGUCGGUUUGGGUGCUGAGUAACAGGCUGCAUAGGUUUUUGUACGAUAGACUAGAUCCGAACGAUGUUAAUUUCAGAAUAUUAUCGGCUCCGGUGAAUGGAGUGGUCCGUGGGACUGUUUGUGAUCAAGGUGCGGUGUAUCCUGGUGAUGAGUAUAAGAGCCAAGAGUCGAGUUCGAGGUAUCGAGAUCCGUGGUAAAUGUAUGAAUAGGUAUUCCGAUGGUGUUGGCGUCUAAACUUAUUCCAGAAUUUCCUAUAUAUAUACUAUGGAUUAUCAUCUCAGCGAUAAAUUAGUCAAAUUUCAACUGUUAUUAUUCGUUUGUAAUGUGAAUGAAAAAAAAGAGUCCGUUAAAAAUACAUUAUCAUGUCCAUUUUUUUAA